AUGAGGAUCAGGCGGAGGCCACAGCCGUCCUCCCUGCAGGCGGCGGCCAGCUCAGAUCUGGCCGGGGCCGCAUCCACGGCGCCGCAGACCCCGCUGAAUGCCGCCGCGAGGAACCGUGGUGGGUGGCUGUUGGCUGCAGGCGGCGAGGAUGAGGAUCGCGAGGCGAAGCUGCUGCAUGCGAGUAGUGCGGAUCUUGUUCUCGGGCAGAAAUCUGGAGUGGCCAGGCGCCUGGCAUUGCCCCAGGACGACAAUGUGGUGGUGGAUUGCGGCGGCAGGAGCAUGGGUGGUGGUGCACAGCAUGGCGCUGAUGAUGAUGAUGGUCGCAUGAGAUUCAGCGCGGCGAAUGGCCAUGGCGGCUCGGAGCACAAGGACGGCGGCGGGGCGACGUGCACCGGUGGUGUCGGAGGCAGGUACGAGCCACCGGAGGCAGUGAAGGCGACCGAGGAACGGGUGACGAGCAAUGGCUUCGUGCAGCAGCCUGCGGCGGCGUCGGCGCCGCCCGUGGCCGCGGCGGCGGUCGUCAAGGACGAGGGGAAGAAGCAGAAGCAGGCCACGAGCAACGGCACCGGCACCGGCGCCGGGGCCAAGAAGCGGCGGGGCCCGGCGGUGCUGCUGGAGGGGUCGCGGUGCAGCCGCGUGAACGGGCGUGGGUGGCGGUGCAGCCAGCCGACGCUGGUCGGAUACUCGCUCUGCGAGCACCACCUCGGCAAGGGCCGCAUGCGGAGCGCGGCCGCGGCAGCAGCGGCGCGGGGCGGCGGCAACGCCGGCGUCGGCCGGCUCGGGCGUACCGAGCACGGGGCCAGGAUCGCCGCCACCGUCGUGGCGGUGGGCGUAGCAAGAGACAUUGUCGCCAUCGCCGCCGCGCCACCGCCCAAGGCCGAGGGGCCGAGCCUGCCGGGCUGCUAG